AUGAAAAAUAUUUUUCAGAAAUACUUACAAAGGAGUAGCACAAAGUUAUUUAACAGAACAAAUUUAUUAAAUUUAAAUAAGAAAUGUAAUUUUUCUGGAUACAAAAUUUACAGUGACGGGUUAGUUCACUCAGAAUUUUCUACCGAAUUAAAAACUGUAAAUGAAGUUAUAAAAAUGCCUAUUUAUAGAAUAUUGGAUACAAAUGGAAAUUUAUUAGACGGUCAUGAAGCGCCAUUUAAAGAUGAAGAAGUAUUAAAAGUUUACAAAGAUAUGGUUGAAUUUUCUAUAUGGGAUGAAAUAUUUUAUGGAAUACAAAGACAAGGUAGAAUAUCAUUUUAUAUAGUUAAUGAGGGAGAAGAAGGUUUACAAUUUGGUAUGGGUAAAGCAUUAAGUGUCGAUGAUCAUUUAUAUUGUCAAUAUAGAGAAACAGGUGUUUUAUUAUCAAGAGGUUUUACUUACACUGAUAUAUUAAAUCAAUUAUUCGGUACAAAAUAUGAUGAAGGUAAAGGUAGACAAAUGUGCAUAUGCUAUACUAAAAAAGAUUUAAAUAUUCAUACUAUUACUACACCAUUAGGAUCUCAAUUAUCUCAUGCUGCUGGUUGUGGAUAUGCAUUAAAACUAAAAAAUCAAAAAGCUGUUGCUGUUACUUAUUGUGGUGAUGGUUCUUCAUCAGAAGGAGAUUUUUAUGCUGCUCUAAAUUUUGCUUCUGUAAGACAAUCACAAACCAUGUUUGUAUGCAAAAACAACUUGUAUGCUAUAUCCACAUCUAUUAAAGAUCAAUAUAGAGGUGAUGGUAUUGCACCAAGAGCAUUAGCACUAGGAAUAGAAUCUAUAAGAGUUGAUGGAAAUGAUUUAUUCGCGAGUUAUCUAGCUACCAAAAAAUUAAGAGAAAUUUGUAUUCAAGAAUCCAAACCAGUUUUUAUUGAAUUCAUGUCUUACAGAUAUGGUCAUCAUAGUACUUCUGAUGAUUCUAGUUUGUAUAGACCAAAAGAAGAAAAUGAAGCAUGGAGACAAGAAGGAGUACACCCAAUUAGUAGAAUCUUUUUAUAUCUAAAGAAUAAAAACUUAUAUAGUGAAAAAGAAGAUCAAGAACACCGAAAAAGUGUCAAAGAAAAAGUAUUAAAAGAAUUAAAAAAAUAUGAAAGUGUUAAAAGAUAUAAUAUUGUCGGUGGGUUGUUUGAAGAUGUAUAUCAUGAAGAAGAUUGGAAUCUUAAAGAACAAAGAGAAAACUUUGAGCAAUUUUUCAAAGAAAAUAAACAUAAUUAUGAUACAACAAAAUUUGAAGCAUGA